AGGGUCUGUCUUGCUGUGCCUGAAGGAAAGAAAUUGAAUGAUUUAUGGGAGAUGGAUGAAAGUAGCUCAUGCAUCUCCAGGCACGUGUUCCCUGUGAUCUAGCCCAGGGGAAUCCUCCUGUGGGGACCCUGACAUACUGGGAUACCCCAAGGCGGGGGUUGCUUGUGUUGAACGCAUGGCAGGUUCUUGAAUGACGAUGUUGCGCCGGGGACUGCUUGCCUGGAUUUCUCGGGUGGUCCUUUUGCUUCUGUUUCUGUGUUGUGCUGUCUCAGUCCUCUAUAUGUUAGCCUGCACCCCAAAAGGCGAUGAGGAACAAAUGGCAUUGCCCAGGGCGAAUAGCCCCACAGGGAAAGCAGGUUACCAGGCUAUUCUUCAGGAGCAGGAAGAACAGCACCGCAGCUACAUCAGCAGCCUGAAGAAACAAAUCGCCCAGCUGAAGGACGAGCUUCAGGAAAGGAGUGAGCAGCUGAAGAAUGCACAGUACCGCUCCAGUGACUCAGGGGUGCAUCCUGAGAAAACCCAGGCCAACCUUCUGGAGUUCCUACACUCCCAGGUGGACAAGGCUGAGGUACACGCCGGGGUGAAACUGGCAACGGAAUAUGCGGCCGUUCCUUUUGACAGCUUCACCUUGCAAAAGGUGUAUCAACUGGAGAUGGGCCUCACCCGCCACCCAGAGGAAAAGCCUGUGAGGAAGGAUAAGAGGGAUGAGUUGGUCGAAGCUAUUGAGCUGGCCCUUGAGACUCUGAAUCACCCUGAGGAAGAGAGCAACCCAAAUCACCGCCCUUAUGCAGCUUCUGAUUUUAUUGAAGGGAUAUACAGAACAGAAAAGGAUAAAGGCACUUUGUAUGAGCUCACGUUCAAAGGGGACCGAAAACAUGAAUUCAGACGACUUGUCUUGUUCCGACCAUUUGGCCCCAUCAUGAAAGUAAAAAAUGAAAAACUCAACAUGGCCAACACACUUAUCAACGUUAUCGUGCCCCUGGCAAAGAGGGUGGACAAGUUCCGACAGUUCAUGCAGAACUUCAGGGAGAUGUGCAUCCAACAAGAUGGGAGAGUCCACCUCACUGUGGUUUACUUCGGGAAGGAACAAAUGAGUGAAGUCAAAGGAAUAUUGGAGAACACUUCCAAGGCUGCCAACUUCAGAAAUUAUACAUUUAUCCAGCUGAGUGGUGAGUUCUCAAGAGGCAAGGGGCUCGACGUUGGUGCUCGAGUUUGGAAAGGAAGCAACGUCCUUCUCUUUUUCUGUGACGUCGACAUCUACUUUACCUCGGAAUUCCUCAACACGUGUAGGCUGAACACACAGCCAGGGAAAAAGGUGUUUUAUCCAGUUCUUUUCAGUCAGUACAAUCCUGGAAUAAUUUAUGGUCACCAUGAUUCAGUUCCACCCUUAGAACAACAACUGGUUAUAAAAAAGGAGACUGGAUUUUGGAGAGAUUUUGGAUUUGGAAUGACUUGUCAGUACCGAUCAGACUUCAUCAAUAUAGGUGGGUUUGACCUGGACAUCAAAGGCUGGGGAGGAGAAGACGUGCACCUCUACCGCAAAUACCUACAUAGCAACCUCAUUGUGGUUCGGACUCCCGUGCGAGGGCUUUUCCACCUUUGGCAUGAGAAGCAGUGUGUCGAUGAGCUGACCCCUGAACAGUACAAGAUGUGCAUGCAAUCCAAAGCCAUGAAUGAGGCAUCACAUGGGCAGCUGGGGAUGCUUGUCUUCAGGCAUGAGAUCGAGGCUCACCUGCGCAAACAGAAACAGAAGACGAGCAGCCAAAAGACAUGACGUCCUUCAAGAGGCUUCUUCUCUUGGAGAUUUAUGGAAACGGUCACUGUUGCCUUGGAGGAGGCUUUAGUGAAAGAUGGGGGAAGAAACAUCUCAUAGAUCCAAGGUUAGAGGAGAAUGACUGACCUCUCUCUGCCUGCACGAAGCUUAAUAAGCCUCCAUUAAGUGCCCCAGUUCACUUGGCGAUGUCUGACAAAGGCAGAGAUGAUUAUGAGGUUCGAAGCAGAUGAGUGCAGAAGAGCGUUCUGAUUGCUUACUGUGUGUUGAUUUCAGUAAGAUGGAAGCUAUUGUUUUCUGAGCACCUUGAGACAUUAAACAUAUGAAGGCUGGUGUCUUUAACUUAGACU